GGUGUCGUAUCGAUCGACCUGUAGCGUUUGACAGGUGGAUUUCGUGUCACGGCGUUGAUACUGGACGUGUGAGACAAGUACUGGUGUAUGAAAAAUGUUGGAGAAACGCGUGUUUAUGCGUUGCUUCGCUUUCGCGAUUUUUUUCAAGUUCACGUGCUGUUACCAUACCAAAAAAUAUUCUCUGAUUAUGCCAAACGUGCGACCGAACGUGCCCGAAUUAUACUUGUGCACUCCAGUUAGGGUAGAUUUUGAAAAAGAUUAUUAUAUUGUUGGCUUUGAGCCAAAUGCAACGAUGGAAACGGCUCACCAUAUGCUUGUCUAUGGUUGCACUAAGCCGGGUAGUGCAAAAUCAGUUUGGAACUGUGGAGAAAUGGCAAACGCUGGGAAAAAUCCGGAUACUGCGCCUGCUUGUGAAAGUGGAACUCAGAUUAUCUACGCAUGGGCAAGGGAUGCUCCUAAAUUAGAUCUACCGGAGGGAGUGGGCUUUAAAGUAGGUGGCGAUUCUCCCAUACAGUAUCUCGUGUUGCAAGUGCAUUAUGCGCACAUUGAUCGUUUUAAGGACGGUAGUACGGAUGAUUCGGGUGUGUUUCUGCAUUACACAACGCAAACACUGAACAAAUUGGCUGGUGUUAUUUUGUUAGGGACAGGUGGUUACAUUCCGCCUAGGAAAACGGUACAUAUGGAAUCUUCUUGUCCCAUAACAGAGAAUAAAACUAUUUAUCCGUUCGCAUAUCGAACGCACACCCAUUCGCUCGGAAAAGUCGUGUCCGGGUAUGUAGUGAAGCCGAGUAAUGAAUGGAUCGAACUUGGUAAGAGGGAUCCAUUGACUCCUCAGAUGUUCUAUCCCGUUACACACAGAGUUCCAGUUACGUAUGGUGAUAGAUUAGCUGCUCGUUGUACAAUGAAAAGUACGCGUGAUAGGGUUACGAUUAUUGGCGGAACGAAUGAUGAUGAGAUGUGCAAUUUGUAUAUUAUGUAUUAUGUCGAGAAUGAUACACCGCUUGAACAGAAAUAUUGCUUCAGUUCAGGGCCGCCUUUAUAUUAUUGGAACAAAGAGCUGAGUAAUAUUCCCAACAAUGAGGCAUCUACGUUAUAAUCUAUCAAAAAGUGUCAGUUUGUACAAAAAUAGAUCGAUUUUACGUUUUAUCAUAGAGAAUUAGACAAAAUUCAAACGCAAAUUACUAUUUAAUAUUUUUUUUAUGUAUUUCAAUCCAAUUCGUGUGAUUAGUGAGAAGGGUUCCAUAUUUGGGGACCAAGCCGUCCUGAUAUAAUUUAUGAUGUUUUCAAUACUUGUUAUUUAUUAUUUUUGAUGCAGCUUUUACCAACUUAUUUUAUUUUAUUUCAAUGUUUUGAAUUUAUUAGGAUUAUUAGUUUUAUUUUUGAAACAGCUUUAAAGUUUAACCUCAUCAAGAUGAUAUCCAACAUACGCACAAAUUAUUCCGAAUUAAUUUCUGACAUCAUUUUAAGCGAUUAUAAGUAUUUUUGCGAUAAUAGUGUAACCAGGGUACUUAUUUUACGUAAAUUUUUAAAGGACUCGAUAUCAAUUUACAACAUUACCUCUUCUUGUCAAUUCUUAUAUUUUUAUAAAUGAGACGUACGAUUAUUCCAAUUGCUAUUGCAAUUGCCGAUCAAGUACAUGUACAUAAUAUAUAAUUUUUACGAAAAAAAGUAUAAAUUGAUUGCUAUAAAAUUACUUAUUAUUUAAUCAGUUAUUGCAUUGUGUUCUACAAUAUCUAUAAUUAUUCUGUGAGAGCACUAUGCAGAUGUGAUAUAAGAUAACAUUGUAAACUUAGGCCUAGUGUUUCAGUUAAUAUUUUUUGUUAUAUGCAUGUUAUUUGGAAAGAUUGGAAUUACUAGAGACAAUAUUAUGUACAUGCCGAUUUAUUUUAAUAACCAAUUUAUUGAGGUACAGCGUUGGGAGUUGCAUUUAAAUUGUACGAUGCAUUUAAAUUGGGAGUUGCAUUUAAAGUGUACGAUGCAUUUACAUAAUUCUUUAACUAAUGAUUACUUAUUAAAAAAGCAGAACUAUUUAGGUUUUGCUAAUCAUAGUAUAUAUGUAUAUAUGUAUGUGACAAGAGAAUAUUUUCAAAUGUUACAAAGUCUUUCUUUCUUCUCGAGCCUGUAUAUAUGUAAUGCUCAGGAAUCUCUACUCCUGAAGAGACUGUAUAAGUGUUAAAUGAAGAAAUAUAGAUGUAAUUAUUCAGCGUAUUUUUUUCGCGAUAUCGUUUACAGAUAAUUAUUUAUUUUCGAUGAUGUAUAGAGGACGCGACAGCCGUCUCUGAAAAGAAAUCUAAUUGUGAGACAUGUAUUUCAAAUAAAUGACCUAUGCAAAAGU